ACAGAAACCUGCUUCCUUAGAUGACAGACGUUGCUCUGUUUUGUGAAUUGUCAGCUCUCCCCAUUCAAAAUGUUUUUUUUCUUCGUAACUGUUGGAACUAUCCUGUCCCUUGCUCCGGGGACUGGAGGGCAAACCACAACAGACCUGAGUCUUACUACUACAUUAGUAACCACAGAUUCUACAACCUCAACUGAUGUCCCAACCUCUACAUUACCAACUACAACUUCUACAACCUCAACUGAUGCCGCAUCCUCUAUAUUACCGACCACAACCUCUACAACCUCAACUGAUGUCCCAACCUCUAUAUUAACAACCACAACUGCUACAACCUCAACUGAUACCCCAACCUCUAUAUUAACAACCACAACUCCUUCAACCUCAACUGAUGCCGCAUCCUCUAUAUUACUGACCACAACCUCUACAACCUCAACUGAUGCCGCAUCCUCUAUAUUACCGACCACAACCUCUACAACCUCAACUGAUGUCCCAACCUCUAUAUUAUCGGCCACAACUGCUACAACCUCAACUGAUGCCCCAACCUCUAUAUUAACAACCACAACUCCUUCAACCUCAACUGAUGCUGCAUCCUCUAUAUUACCAACCACAACCUCUACAACCUCAACUGAUGCCGCAUCCUCUAUAUUAACAACCACAACUCCCAUAACUUCAACUGACCCCUCCUUUACAACAAUAAGCACACCUCCUACAAAUUCAACCCCAACUGAUACCCCAACCACCAUAUCAACAACCACACCUCCCAUAACUUCAACUGACGCCUCCUUUACAACAAUAAGCACACCUCCUACAAAUUCAACCCCAACUGAUACCCCAACCACUAUAUUAACAACCACAACUCCCAUAACUUCAACUGACGCCUCCUCUACAACAAUAAGCACACCUCCUACAAAUUCAACCCCAACUGAUACCCCAACCACUAUAUCAACAACCACAACUCCCAUAACUUCAACUGACACCCCCUCUACAACAAUAAGCACACCUCCUAUAAAUUCAACCCCAACUGAUACCCCAACCACUAUAAUAACAACCACACCUCCCAUAACGUCAACUGAUAUCCCCUCUACAACAAUAAGCACACCUCCUACAAAUUCAACCUCAACUGAUACCCCAACCACUAUAAUAACAACCACAACUCCCAUAACUUCAACUGAUGCCUCUUUUACAACAAUAAGCACACCUCCUACAAAUUCAACCCCAACUGAUACCCCAACCACCAUAUCAACAACCACACCUCCCAUAACUUCAACUGACGCCUCCUUUACAACAAUAAGCACACCUCCUACAAAUUCAACCCCAACUGAUACCCCAACCACUAUAUUAACAACCACAACUCCCAUAACUUCAACUGACGCCUCCUCUACAACAAUAAGCACACCUCCUACAAAUUCAACCCCAACUGAUACCCCAACCACUAUAAUAACAACCACACCUCCCAUAACGUCAACUGAUAUCCCCUCUACAACAAUAAGCACACCUCCUACAAAUUCAACCUCAACUGAUACCCCAACCACUAUAAUAACAACCACAACUCCCAUAACUUCAACUGAUGCCUCUUUUACAACAAUAAGCACACCUCCUACAAAUUCAACCCCAACUGAUACCCCAACCACCAUAUCAACAACCACACCUCCCAUAACUUCAACUGACGCCUCCUUUACAACAAUAAGCACACCUCCUUCAAAUUCAACCCCAACUGAUACCCCAACCACUAUAUUAACAACCACAACUCCCAUAACGUCAACUGACACCCCCUCUACAACAAUAAGCACACCUCCUAUAAAUUCAACCCCAACUGAUACCCCAACCACUAUAAUAACAACCACACCUCCCAUAACGUCAACUGAUACCCCCUCUACAACAAUAAGCACACCUCCUACAAAUUCAACCUCAACUGAUACCCCAACCACUAUAAUAACAACCACAACUCCAAUAACUUCAACUGAUGCCUCUUUUACAACAAUAAGCACACCUCCAACAAAUUCAACCCCAACUGAUACCCCAACCACCAUAUCAACAACCACACCUCCCAUAACUUCAACUGACGCCUCCUUUACAACAAUAAGCACACCUCCUACAAAUUCAACCCCAACUGAUACCCCAACCACCAUAUCAACAACCACACCUCCCAUAACUUCAACUGACGCCUCCUUUACAACAAUAAGCACACCUCCUACAAAUUCAACCCCAACUGAUACCCCAACCACCAUAUCAACAACCACACCUCCCAUAACUUCAACUGACUCCUCCUUUACAACAAUAAGCACACCUCCUACAAAUUCAACCCCAACUGAUACCCCAACCACUAUAUUAACAACCACAACUCCCAUAACUUCAACUGACGCCUCCUCUACAACAAUAAGCACACCUCCUACAAAUUCAACCCCAACUGAUACCCCAACCACUAUAUCAACAACCACAACUCCCAUAACUUCAACUGACACCCCCUCUACAACAAUAAGCACACCUCCUAUAAAUUCAACCCCAACUGAUACCCCAACCACUAUAAUAACAACCACACCUCCCAUAACGUCAACUGAUACCCCCUCUACAACAAUAAGCACACCUCCUACAAAUUCAACCUCAACUGAUACCCCAACCACUAUAAUAACAACCACAACUCCCAUAACUUCAACUGAUGCCUCUUUUACAACAAUAAGCACACCUCCUACAAAUUCAACCCCAACUGAUACCCCAACCACUAUAUUAACAACCACAACUCCCAUAACUUCAACUGACGCCUCCUCUACAACAAUAAGCACACCUCCUACAAAUUCAACCCCAACUGAUACCCCAACCACUAUAUUAACAACCACAACUCCCAUAACUUCAACUGACGCCUCCUCUACAACAAUAAGCACACCUCCUACAAAUUCAACCCCAACUGAUACCCCAACCACUAUAUCAACAACCACAACUCCCAUAACUUCAACUGACACCCCCUCUACAACAAUAAGCACACCUCCUAUAAAUUCAACCCCAACUGAUACCCCAACCACUAUAAUAACAACCACACCUCCCAUAACGUCAACUGAUACCCCCUCUACAACAAUAAGCACACCUCCUACAAAUUCAACCUCAACUGAUACCCCAACCACUAUAAUAACAACCACAACUCCCAUAACUUCAACUGAUGCCUCUUUUACAACAAUAAGCACACCUCCUACAAAUUCAACCCCAACUGAUACCCCAACCACUAUAUUAACAACCACAACUCCCAUAACUUCAACUGACGCCUCCUCUACAACAAUAAGCACACCUCCUACAAAUUCAACCCCAACUGAUACCCCAACCACUAUAUUAACAACCACAACUCCCAUAACUUCAACUGACGCCUCCUCUACAACAAUAAGCACACCUCCUACAAAUUCAACCCCAACUGAUACCCCAACCACUAUAUCAACAACCACAACUCCCAUAACUUCAACUGACACCCCCUCUACAACAAUAAGCACACCUCCUAUAAAUUCAACCCCAACUGAUACCCCAACCACUAUAAUAACAACCACACCUCCCAUAACGUCAACUGAUACCCCCUCUACAACAAUAAGCACACCUCCUACAACUACAACCUCAACUCUUGCCCCAACAUUUACAACAAUAACCACACCUCCUACCACAGAAACAUCAACUCCUGCCCCAACCACCACAUCAACAACCACAUCUCCUACAACUACAACCUCAACUCUUGCCCCAACAUUUACAACAAUAAACACACCUACUACAACUACAACCUCAACUCUUGCCCCAACAUUUACAACAACCACACCUCCUACCACAGAAACAUCAACUCCUGCCCCAACCACCACAUCAACAACAACAUCUCCUACAACUACAACCUCAACUCUUGCCCCAACAUUUACAACAAUAAACACACCUACUACCACAGAAACCUCAACUCUUGCCCCAACAUUUACAACAAUAACCACACCUCCUACCACAGAAACAUCAACUCCUGCCCCAACCACCACAUCAACAACCACAUCUCCUACAACUACAACCUCAACUCUUGCCCCAACA